UGAUGAGGGAUGACGUCAUGGGUUUAAAUGUUUUCAGGCUGGGAGAGUUUGGGCUGUUGUUGUUGUUUGUGUUGUGUGUUGCCAUGGUGACGUGAAUCAGUCCAGAACUGUGUGAGACUGUUAAUGAGGAGAAGCUCAUUAAUAUUCAGACACUGCUGUGACGUGCUUCAACUUCACUCAGGUUAUUGAUACGUGAUGAUGUCAUUCUGUGGGUUCAACUGAGGAGGGAGGAAGGAAGGAAGGAAGGGAGGACAAGUGGAGUUUAAGGAGGAAGGAAGGAAGGAAGGAAGGAAGGACAAGUGGAGUUUAAGGAGGAAGGAAGGAGGAGGGGAGAACAAGGAAGGAAGGAAUGAAGGAAGGACAAGUGGUGUUUAAGGAGGAAGGAAGGAGGAGGGGAGAACAAGGAAGGAAGGAAGGAAGGACAAGUGGAGUUUAUGGAGGAAGGAAGGAGGAGGGGAGAACAAGGAAGAGGAAGGAAGGAAGUGAGUGAACAGUUGAUUCAGGUAAAGUGUCGGAAUCAGUACGGGGGACAGUUAGGGCCAAGAUAACGAUAAAAAGUCGUGAAUCUAUGAAAAUAAAUUUGAAAUCUACAAGAAUAAAGUUGUAAAUUUAAUUUACAUCUUUAUUCUUGGAAGGACAGGAGGAAGGACGGAAGGAAGAACAGGAGUAAGGAAGUACAGAAGGAAGGACAGAAGUAAGGAAGUACAGAAGGAAGGACAGAAGGAAGGAAGAACAGAAGGAAGGAAGUACAGAAGGAAGGACAGAAGGAAGGAAGGAAGGACAAAAGUAAGGACAGAAGUAAGGAAGAACAGAAGGCAGGACAGAAGGAAGAACAGAAUUAAGGAAGUACAGAAGGAAGGACAGAAGGAAGGUAGGACAGAAGGAAGGAAGGAUAGAAGGAAGGAAGGAAGGUAAUGAGGAACUGACUCCACCUCCUUCUGCUCUGUGGUCCAGUAUGAAGUCAAACAGGAAAUGGCUCCUACUGGUCCUGCUGGCCUGGCUCCUCCUCUUCCUGUCCCUGCUCUGUCAUUUCCUGGACCUCAGAUCCUCCUUGCUGCCUCGAUCCAGAUCUGCCGCAGAGUCCCAACCCACCAGGUCCGAAACCCGCCGGCUGGCCUCUGUUCAGGGGGGGCUGAGGAACCAGAGAUCUGCAGGGGAGUCGGUGGCGGACUGGAGGAGGAGGAGGAGGACUGAGUACAGGUCCAGGUCUCAGGACGUCCACAUUUCCAGGUCUGAGGAUGACUACAGGGCCAGGUCUGAGGAGUACUACAGGUCCAGGUCUCUGGAGCUGCUGCAGAGACUGUGGAGCGGGAACCUGACGGCGGGGAUGCUGAGUCCUCGUCUCCAGAAGGUCCUGAAGGUGCAACUGAGCUCCAACAGGCACCAGGUGGUGCAGCGGGGUUCCAGGGGGGUCCGCAGGUCCGGCCCGCAGCUGUACUGUGAGCUGAAGAGGAGGACCAGGGUCCGGACUGUGGACGGGACCGAGGAGCCGUUUGCCAGUCUGGGCUGGGACCGCCUGGUGCCUUCACUGUCCCUGCAGGAGCUCCGGACAUCUCAGUACCAGCGCUGCGCCGUAGUGACGUCAGCCGGAGCCGUCCUCAACUCGUCUCUAGGGACGGAGAUCGACUCCCAUGAUGCAGUUCUUCGCUUCAACGCGGCGCCCACCAGAGGCUUCGAGAGAGACGUAGGGAACAAGACCACCAUCCGCAUCAUCAACUCCCAGAUCGUGGCUCGGCCCAAAUAUAACUUCAGCAGCAGCUCGUUGUAUCAAGACGUCAUCCUGCUGGUCUGGGACCCGGCUCAGUACGACGCCAACCUCACACAGUGGUUCCAGAGGCCGGACUUCGAUCUGUUCUCGGCGUACAUCGAGCGCCGUCGCCUCCAACCCGAGCAGCCAUUUUACAUCCUGCACCCGCAGUUCAUCUGGAGCCUUUGGGACCUGAUCCAGGACAACACCGAGGACCCCAUCCAACCCAACCCACCGUCCUCUGGGUUCACAGGUAUCCUGCUGAUGAUGUCACUGUGUCGUGAGGUCAGCGUGUACGAGUUCAUCCCGUCUCUGCGUCGCACCGACCUGUGUCAUUACUACGAGCGUUACCAUGACGCCGCCUGUACGCUGGGAGCGUACCACCCUCUGAUGUACGAGAAGCUGCUGGUCCAGAGGAUCAACGAGGCAGACCAAGACCAGCUCAGGAGGAGGGGCAGGGUCACGCUGAGGGGGUUCAGUACGGUCCACUGUGGUUCAUGAUCCAGGUUUAACAUCUUUUUAUUUUAUAACUUCUUAAAAUAAAUUAAAUCAACUUUAGUUUUUAUUUUUGUCCCUGAACGCCUCAUUAAUCGUUGUCACCGUGGUAACACUAAUGAGACAGUGCGUUCACUGUCCGUUCACACCUGCUGUGUUUGUGACCAUUCCAUGCGUUGGUUAACCAGGACUGACAGGACCUUUGUGCGCUGGUUAUUGUGACAAAUUUAAUGAGCGUCUCUGUGGAGACACUCAGCUUUGAUAAAUAACCCACGGGCCCCUGAAUGCAUCACAAAGUCUGGAGCUCCGGACUGGUUCAGGCUCACACACCGGAAAUUGUCAUUGAAUCCAUCACGUCUGCUUUGGUUGUCGUGUCAUUAAA